AUGGAUGAAGAACUUCCCAAACUGAAGAUAUCGCCUUCGUUUAAACGCAUAUUCGACUCAGCAAUCUCACUCAGCCGCGAGGAUUCUUCUUCCGAUAUUGAAGAUCAUCGAUAUACGAGCUUGAAGGACAUAAUCCUCAGCACUUCACCACAGCAUGCAGUGAAUAAUGAUCCAUCUAAUGCAUUUGAUUCUUCCAACAUUUCCAUUCGCAACGAACUUGUUAAGCAUGCAGCAUCGGCCUACGUGCAGUCGGCUACCAUUCUUGUCAAUAGAGAUCAAGAUUUGAUCUCUCGUUUCUGGGAAAAGAUGAAGAUAACUUGUGUUGGAUUCCUGUCAUGUUGGCACACGUGUGUUAGGGUUCCAUUACGAGCUAUUUUCCAUCCGGUUCUCCACUUUCUUUAUCGGUCUGUUGACAGGAUUCGCAGUGCUUAUAUUAACUAA